UAUGACAUACAUAGUGGAGAAUAAGUCGUCAGGAUGUCCGAUACUAAUAAGCUGUUGAACUCUUUCUACAUUGUUAAGCACCAUCCCUAUGAUGAUCCCCACAUCAAAGCUGUAAUAAAUGAAGCAGAUCAAGAGAUUUAUCGGUGUAAUAAGCGACGGAUUUAUAUCUCCAAUGCACAAAAAUCCAAAAGGGCUGAAAUCUCGUCUUUGUUUUCUCAAAUGGAGACUUUAGUUCCCAAAUCCGAAAGAUAUAGACAAGUUUUCGAAGCUAAGAAGAGGGAAUUUGAUACACUACAGGAAUCCAUUCGAAAGCCGCCUAAUGGGAAAAUUCUAAGUGAGGAUUCUCUGGUCCAGAACGAAUCUUCAAUAAACCGUGUCACCUUACUGGCUUUGGAAUUGAAUGAAGUAAAGGAGGAGCUCGAUGCUAUUACAUGGUAUAUUCGAGACUUAGAAGACCAAUUGGGUAAGAGUCAGAGCACAAUGAGGUAUUUGGAUGGAGAAAUGACACUUAUACUUGAGAAGAGAGACAAAUCCUAUGAGAGGAUUAAGAUGCUGAGGUUACAACGAGACAAAGGGAAUGCUACCUUUUUCCAGAGCCUUGAGAUUAUGAGGAAAGCUAAAGAAUUGGCUGCUUCUGGAAAUGUUAGAGACCUUCAAGUGUUUGCCAGCUCGGAGGUUGAUAGAUUCAUAACUCACUGGAAUAAUGACAAGGCUUUUAGGGCUGAUUAUGUUAAAAGAUGCUCCUCUUCCCUCCGUGAAAAACAGCUGAGAGAUGGCCGGAUUAAAUAUCCUAAAGUUCAGGUUGUUCGGGAGAAGCAAGCGCCGAUUAAGACUAUUACGGAAGGCGAGGAGGUUCACAAGAUGAAUAGAGCAGAGGAUUCCAGCUCCAAAUCGCCUCUAGAUGGACAUGUAACUACAGACAAAGGAAAGGAAAACACCACAGAGAAGGUUCCUUCAGGUACAAACACCGCAGAACAGCCAUCCAAAACUGUAGAUAAGCAUUGGAUUUGGGGAGCUUCGUUUGCUACACUUGAACUUUGACUUCGCCUAGUUGAAGAGAUAGAGUGAAUGAAGAAGGCCUGCGUCUAAACUUUCAAAGUUAUAGCUUAUAGUUUAAUAUAAUAAACUCAUUUGGAUCAUAAGAUAUGAUUUUAUCUAUACCUCA